AUGUUCCUGCUCAAUGCCAAGAAGGCGAAGCGCGAUCGCAGGCCGGACAAGAAAAUCCUGAACAUGGCUUUGGAGAGCAUGGCCCAUGUUCAACAUUCAUAUCAAGACGACCCGAAGCUGAUUAUGCAGUUCAGCCUCUUCAUCACCGGUUACUGCACCCUUGCCGGGCCGGAGGGGAAGUUCGACCGAGGCGUCCUCGCUAUGGCCGAAGCCUGCUGCGACCGGGCGGAAAAGUAUCUCCUCAAACUGGAAUCGACCGAUGGGAGCAAACAAGCCGACAUCAGGGACGCCAAGUCCCACUAUGGGAAAAGCUGCUCGUUGUUGGCAGACUGUCGCUAUGCCCAAGGCAACGAGUCGUACGCAGAGGACCGCGAAGAGCUUCACGAAUCAUCGCAGAACAAGCAACGGCCGAAGGACGGGCCUCUGGUUUCAAGGCUGCCGGUACUGCCGUUGAUCGAGGACACAACAGAGAACGCCUCGCUUUGGUGA